UCCGUAGAAGGAGUGAGUACGUUUUCCUUGCUCAUCAGUAAGGAUUCAACGUGCUCUUAUACUGCGGAAAGCGAUUAAUAAUCGGCGUGUUCCUUCGUUUUUGCGGUGAUGUUGUUGCACUCGGACAGCUGUAGUUCGAGCGGUACCGCCACCAAUACCACACAGGGUGGUACUUCGGCUAGAAGAAGCGGCGUUGGUGUUCCGGUAAAGAAGGAAUUGAUUCAUCCGAGGAUAAUGGAUUCGCCAACGUUAGCCAGGGUGGAACGCGCCAUGCUGAGACACGAAGGGGUCAACAGAGAAGGCCAGGAUGUGAUAAGAGCUGGGUUUACUCAGUCGUUAUUAUCUACGAGUAAUUACGGCAAAGAGUCGACCCACGCGAUCAAAAGGGGCCUCCUGUGGCAGCAACGGGACAAACUUUUUAGCAGAUGGAAGGAACGCUACUUUAUUCUGACUAGAGACUACCUGCAUUGUUUUCGGAGAGCUUCCGGGGCUGACAGGAUAUCUGAAAUGGGUCAGUUCCUCUUCAAAGUGAAGCUGGUUGACGUCGACAAGGUGGAAUGGGAGAAUAAAAAGACAUACAGCACCGUAGCGCUGAUCAUCGGUAGAGACGGCAAAAUUUACUUGAGGGCUGCGGAUGGUCUUGAAGAUUGGUUCGAACUACUCGAGGAGUGUAUGUUGACCAGCAAGGAGAGAAGGAAGGCGUUGAGGUAUUCGCAUGACGGUAAGCAGAAGGACAACAAUAACAUUGCCCUUGGUUUGGAUGACUGGUUGGCUGCUCGUCAGAAAUUUCCGGUAGGACGACUGCUCGCAGACAGUGUGGCCAAAUCGACACAGGAAUCCUCUUGUGAUAGGCGUAGAGACUGGACACCCAGGGAGGAGGACUGGGAACAUCCGACUUUGGACAAUAGAUUAUCGCGUUUAUUGAGGGCAGCCAAACAAGGAUCUCGGGGCCGUAAACGCAAAUGGUUUUUUCAAAGUAAAACUCUGCUUACCGACAUAGAUAUCAACAGCUACGAUGACAGUACCUUAGGCGCCCCUUCAGUUACUUCAUACAGGUUGAGUAGGGAUGUGUUGUGUGUACAGCCACCCUCUUUAAGAGCAGCCGGCUCUUUCAGGUCGACCAAGGAGGGCGGGAACCCUCCGGCAAAGAGGAACAGUCCGAUGGUAAACGUACCGGAGGGUCAGUGCCAGUACAUCAAAUUCAGAGAACGUUCUUACAGCGACAUACAGCACAUCGAGAAGAAACCAUGGAGGGCGUUAGCGUUGCCCCGCCAGUAAAAUAGCAAUAAGAGUAAUUGUGCAAUACCCUAGUCAAUAUUUAAACUUAAUCUGCACACGCAGGUACUCACGAAAAAAGAAGGCGCCACUCAUCACGGAACGUUUUCGUUAGUAAAAAGGUUUUAUUUUUAAAAAAUUUUUAUUGCGUGUUACAGAACUGUUUGACUUUUUUUACUUAAAUAGUCCAGACUAUUAUAUUAGGAUUUCUUGUGUUUUUAGUUUAAUUUUUCAGUAAAAACAUUUUGUCAAAAAUUUCUGACUGAGGACCAACUGUGUACUCUGAUCUCUUUCUUCUAAAAUCUGCAUAACAAAAUAUUUUCACCAAAGAUUUAUUUGCGACUGAUGCACCAAUUUUAUACUUGCUCACUUAAGAAACGUUCUAUUUAUUAGCUCUGUUUUUUGUAUGUAUAUAUGUAAUAAUUUGCAUGUGUUCCAAUAAAAUAUCAGUUAAAUUAUUGUUGUAAUCAAAUUCGCGGUCGCUAAAUAAAUAACAAGCAAGUAUAC